AUGAUGGGAUGGAUCGUCUGUGAGAUUGGCCGCAUGCUGCCUCAGCCUGUUCAGAGGCAGGAGUCGGGCAGUGACGAGGUGCAGAGCAUCAGAAUUGUGCAGAAGAAGACGGAGCUGGUGCUGGAGGACAUCGGACAGGACGAGGACAAGCAGCAGGAUAAGGACAUGAGACAGGAGACACAGAGCAGAGACAAACCGCUACAGACGGAAGAGACGGAUGAACGAUCUCUACAGAUGGACAGCAUCAAGAAGGAGACAGGAGAAGCUGUGCUGGUUCACUUGGAGGACAGGCUGCAGCAGGACCGUCUGGAGGCGGCCCGCGAGGCAGAGGAGAUGGCCUGCAAGGCCGCGGAGGAGGCGGUGCGGCAGCUGGAGGUGGAGCACUCAGCCAAGAUCGUCAUCGAAUCUCUGCCGGAGUCCAACGAGCAACUGCCCAAUAUCCUGGAGGAGGAGAACGAGGACGACCCAGAGAGUCUGGACGUCUGUUCAGCUGAAGACGAGAACAGUCCUUCAUCCACAGACGUGGAGCCGGCUUCAGAGAGGAGAGAGCUGGAGAGUCCGCCGUCCCAGACCACCAUUACCCAACAACCUCAGGCUGCAGAACCAGAACCGGCAAAAGCUCCAGAACCAGGACCAAAACCUGCAGAGUCCCAACCUUCAGCCGCCACCACAGAUCAGACUAACGCAGCAGAAGGUGAUUGUGGAGUUCCCGACCUUUGCUCCCCGAUAAAAAGCUUUGUGCUUGGGCUGCCAUUUGCCGCCGUGUGUCUGGAGCGCUGCAGGAAGCUGCUGCACGAUGAGAACCUCACCCCGCCCAAACUGUCCCUGCCCAGCCCGCCACCGGAGUUCGCCCUGCUGACCCAGGAGCUGUCACAGCAGCUGUCACAGCUCCCCAAGCAGGCGCGCCAGUGCUGCAUGAGCCUCUACCGCUGCUUCACGGGCCAGAACCCCAACUCCCAGCAUCCCCAGCAGCCUUAG